AGUUUUUAAGUGCUUCAUCAGCUUUUAAAAUCAUUAGCUUUAUCAAAAACCCACGAGUACUAUUAAUUCUGUUAAUUCUACACGCGCUUUUUUCCUUAGUGACAUUUCUCCCUUCGCAUUCUCACGCAAGCGUCUCACUACGGCUAUCCUCAUUAGCAACCAAAGCGCACCUCAAGCCUCUUCACUUCAAGGCAUCUCUCUUCGCAACCAUGGGAUUCGAGACUCUCAGCGGCAAGCUGGACGUGGCGCUGAACGUGCUAUGCUCGUGCGUCGUGUUCCUGUUCAUUGUGACGUCCGCCCCGGUCUCGCAGUUCCGCGGCAAGGGCCUGACGGUGGGCACCGAUGGCGUGGUCUCUGGUGCAAGCAAGCUGGCGUGUGUGACGGUGUGGGGCCUGAAGAACGACUGCAGCAAGAUGAACUACGAACACCGACCGGUGGACAUGACGUGCAACCAAGCUUCGGCCCUGUUCAAGGUGUCUGAGGCGUUCUACAUCAUUGCUGCCUUGACGACGUGCGGGGCGUCGUUGUUGGGCGGCCUCUACUUCCUUGGCAUCAAGACGAAGAUCGCCCUGUACGUGCUGACGGUGCUGAACAUCGUGUUCAUCCUGAUCCCGUGGGCGUGCAUGACCGGCGUGUGGUACCAGAACUACUGCGGUGGCUCGACGGUGCCGAUCAGCACUGAGACCGGCAGCGUGGGCGGCAUCCCGUACGGUAAGCAGCUGCGCGAUAACUUCAAGACGAGUGCGGCCUACGGCCUGACGGUUUCCGCGUGGUGCAUUCAGAUCAUUGGCCUGAUUCUGCUGUGCGUCAUGUAG